AUGUCAUUAGUAAUCUCACAUUUGAAUAUUACAGGGAAAAAGCUGCAGCAUCGGUUAAGUUUAAAAAGCAACAAACUAAAAAAGUCAUUUAACUCCUUAAGCACCAAUAACUCGCCACUCCCUUUGUGCUCUCAUAAUCAUGGAUCUUUGCAGAAUAGUCCAAAAACUGUAAUAAAUAGCCCUGAAAAGACAGAAAAUAAAAUUCAAAAAAAAUGGAAGGCAACGGAAUCUCACACAUAUAAGCAUGAAAAACUAUUACCUGCUAAGCUGGAAAUGUUUUUAAAAGACAACAUGAAUAAGCCUCGACAAGAAUGAAAUGAAAAAUCAUUAAAAAAUUCUCGAAAAAUGAUAAGGCUAAAACGGAAAACAUCAGAUUUAACAGGGUCUAAAUUAAGAAAGCAAUUAUCUAUCCCUGAGAGAUCAGACACAAUUAAUGAACUGUCAGUUACAAAGCCAAAGCUCUCGAAUUGGGAAUUUUAUCCUGCAAAUUCAAAUCAAGCUACAAGUAAAAACACAAUAAUCCCUUCGAAAGAUACAUUUUAUAAAACUCACUCCUCAACCGAAAACUCUUUGCUAUGCACUUCAAAUUCUAUUUAUUCACCUUUAAACGAGAUUAAGUGUCUUCAAGCCUCAACUAGUUUAAACGUUUUAGCUUCUGAAGAUCCAAAAUCAAAUAUAAGUGAUAUAGAAAAGAUUCUCGAAGAUAAUUCAUGAAUCAUCAAAAAGAAAAAAUCAAUAGCCAGCAGUCCUGUAAACCCGCAAAUUACUACAAAAACCAUCGAUUCUGCUAAAGAUGAGACAAUUUCGUUUCCUACUAUAAGGAAAUUAUAUCAUCACCAAUCAACUAAUAUGAGACCUGAGCUAAGACAGAGCAUGACAUCAGUCUAUCCUAAAUUCGAAAUGUCCCCAUUUGGCCAUCACAAGAGCUUGAAAGAAUUUGAUGACAUAAAAAGUUCUUUUAUGAAUUUAAAUAGCGAAGAAACGACAGAAAUAAGAAGGAUCAAAAGUAAAAGGUAUAAGCAAACUCGAAAAAUAACAAGGUCAGCAAGCCCGAAUGAUUACAAAUUUAUGUCUUUAUAUAUUGAAUGAUAUGAAAAAAACCUAAUUAAUUAA